AUUGGAUUGUUGUUAUGGACAAAUUUUGAGUCACCAUUAUACUACGGGGCAUUUUCCGUUUUUUAGAAAUAACUAUUGUGACUAUAAAAUAAAAUAAAUUACACCAGAAAAAAUUUAUUGAGCGAACUUAACCAUACAAGUAGAAGGCAUAUUUUCAAUUGACUCAACCUAUACAUUAAAGUGCUCCUAAAACAUUUAAAGUAAUUUUACUUUUGGCACAGUUAACGGAAGCCUUAACCGGAUAUACGGUCAAGUUUUGACGUGGAAAAACGAUUAUACAUUUUUGAUCCUUACAUUUUUCUGCUGACAGGUACAAUAUGUCUUCAAAGAGAGAUCAAAAAGACGAUCCUACUAUAAUCAAAGUUAAUAAGUGGGAUGGAUCAGCAGUAAAAAAUGCCUUAGAUGAUGUUGUUAGAAAAAUUUUGAUUAAAAAGUAUAAUUAUAUAGAAGAUUUUACAUUGAUGAAUGGACGAUUAGCACAAUGUGGAGUUGCAGUUAUCGUUGCUUUAAUAGCCUUAAUUUGGGAUUACCUACAUCCUUUUCCUGCAUCCAGACCAGUACUAUUAGUUUGUGUUAUAGUAUAUUUUAUAUUUAUGGGUCUUUUGACUCUAUAUAUAACAUAUAAGGAGAAAGGAAUCUUUGUAGUUGCAAUACAAAGGGAUCCAGCUGGGUUUGAUCCAGAUUUAAUUUUGGAAGCAAGUUCAUAUCUUAAGAAGUAUGAUGAUAAAUAUAAUUUAGUUUUAAAUGUAAAAAAUGAAGUCACUGGUGUUGUAAAUGAAACAUCAGUUACAAAAUCAGUCGCCAAUUUCAUAGAUGUUAACGGGGUUCUAAUACCAGAAUUAGUGGAAGCAGUUGUAUCGAAAAUGCAUGACAGCUUAAGCAGUCAGCGCAAAGAUAAAUAAAUGCAAUAAUAAAUUUACUUUUUUUAUGGAAACUAA